AUGGAGUUUUUGGCGGCAAAGGAUAAGGCUGCACCAGCAGCUAUGUUCUUGACGGAGGAAACUAGCCGCAGUGGAGUCAUGAUCGGGUUAAGGAGAUGUGUUAAGUCUCAGCUGGAGGAGAUAUCAGAGAGUUCUUCAUUUGUUAUCGUGUCAGGAAAAAGCAGCAAAAACGAGAAGGAAAAAGAACAUGUCGUUUUGUCACAAAGAACAUGGUUUGGUUCCUCCCUGGAAGAUUCUCUUCUGAUCAAAAGAGGAUUACCAAAUCAUUAUAUAGGGAAAUCGAAAUCAUUUGGGAAUUUAAUGGAAGCUAGCAAUGCCAAAGAUCUUAUGAAAGUGGAGAGUCUGUUAAACAAGAGAAGGAGAUUGAUUAUGGCUAACAAGCUACGGAGAAGAUCACCUUUUUCAUCUUUUAGCAGCUACACAGUUGUGAUUCAGAUAUUUUUGGGUGUCGGGUUGGAUUUAGAUUCAGUUCAGAUACCAAAAUUUUGA